AUGGAAACGUGUGUUUUAAUACCAAAAGAGCUGUCGCUCGCCGCCACAACAAUAACGGCAAAUCACGAGGCAGAAAUCACAGUGUGGACAACAUCAUACAUCGAGCAAGGCACAAUUUUUUAUCCCUUUCAAGGCACGAUACGUUGGGACAAGCUGGACGCAUUUCAAUAUCUCGAUGAAAAUGAUAUCCGGCAUCGUUUCGGCUUGUACGACGAGAUCUCCGAUGCAUUUCAUAAACCAGUGCGUAGCUGUAAUUGGAUACGCUUUCUGCGUGUCUCUAACGUAUGUGAUACAAAUGUAAAUAUGAUUUGUACGAAAGUGAAAGGUGAACCCAUAUAUGAGGCGAUAAAACCGAUAGCAGCGCAUCAGGAACUUGUUGUAUUCUACCUGCCCGAAAGACCUGAAGAAGUCUUAUUCAUGCGCAUGCGAAUAUCUAUGUAUCGUCAAACGAUGGAUUCCAUAAUGAAAGAUUCGCCAAUUGAUCUUUCCGCCUCCCUGCUGCACCGCAUCUCACUACCCGUCUCGCCGGUUUCGAGUAGUGAAGAUGAACACAAGUCAAUAUCGAGUGAUCUAUCCGGUUCGGUGAUAUCAUUAAAUGAGCCCGUAAGUGAUGUUAUAAACUCAACAAACUGUGAAAAAGUGAUCCGUGAUCAGCGAACGCCGCAACGCACACGAAUCGGCCGAAGUGAACGCUGUUUGCUGCCUUGUGAUGUUUGCGGGAAGGCAUUCGAUAGACCUAGUCUACUUAAGCGACACAUGCGAACGCAUACAGGUGAGAAACCACAUGUGUGCAUGGUUUGCGGGAAAGGCUUUAGCACGUCGAGCAGUUUAAAUACGCAUCGGCGCAUACAUUCGGGUGAAAAACCGCACGAAUGUCAGGUGUGUGGCAAGCGGUUUACGGCCAGCUCCAACUUGUACUACCAUCGAAUGACACAUAUAAAGGAAAAGCCGCAUAAGUGCAAUUUAUGCUCCAAAUCCUUUCCAACACCCGGCGAUUUGAAAUCACACAUGUAUGUGCAUAGUGGCUCGUGGCCAUUUAAGUGUAACAUUUGCUUCCGCGGUUUCUCGAAACAGACAAAUCUCAAAAAUCAUCUUUUCCUGCAUACAGGCAACAAGCCCCAUGGUUGUGAAUUGUGCAACAAGAAGUUCGCAUUAGCGUGCAAUUUACGAGCUCAUAUGAAAACACAUGAAGGUGAUCCACAAGAUGAAUGUGUUCGCUGCGGCAAGGUGUACGUUACACUAAUGCAGGGAGUCUGCACAAGGUGCUCCGAUUCGAACAAUUCAACUGACACUGACAACAAGACUGGUUUUCAAUCGGGGGGCGAUACAACCACAGAAGAUGAAACCUCAAAUGGCACAACGGAAUGUAGUGACAAGUAAAAAAUACAAAAAAAUGCAACAACAACAAAAACAAUAAAACAACAACAA